AGUGGCGCUUUUUAUGUCGGUCCCCUCUCAGUCACCCCUCAAGUAUUUUCACCCCCACUGGAAAUUGCUUUAACUCAACUAUUUCUGUGUGCACUUGUCGAGUCAGUUCGUUUGUGUGAAUCAUUUUCACCAAUUGGGCUCGACUCUUUAUGUAUCUUGUUCUGAAGUUUUUCUGAAGUUGUCAACAGAAAACCGAAAGCAAAAUCGAAAUAUGAAUGGAUCAUGGUCGUGAUGGUGGUUUUGAAUACUUCGUGCGCCUUCCGUCUUUAACCAUAAAGAUGACGGGACCUCAGGAUGACGUGGGGACCCCGUGAUCCUCGUGGCUUCAUCAACCACCAUCAUGAAUGUGAGUAUCUCGCAGUCGCAUCGAGAUGUCGGAGGUGAACCGCAGUGAAGCUCUCCUCAUUCGGCGUGGGCGUGGCAAUGCGACGUCUUCAAGUAGGAGAGCUAUAGUACAGCCUGAGCCGGAUCUCGAUGGCAACGACCAUGACGGAGCUUCAACGACAGCUAGUCGCUGGUCUGCGGCGCCGUCACUCCACCCGAGCUUAGCUGGUGCGCAAUCUGUGGCGUGUAGUGAUUAAGGCGGCCAUUCGAAAAGAGUCAGCCUAAGAGAUUUUUAGGUGUACCAUGUGGACUACUAGCAUGGUAUUUGAUGAAGGAUUAUAGAAGUUGUGAGUCAGCUGUCUGCACGAGCAGGACGUACGUCCACCUAAAUAAGUAAGUAAGUACUGCUAAAGUCCAGUGACCAUCGGUGCAGGCGACGAAACGCUAUACUGGGACUACCAGCACCGAUUAACACUCCGCAGCGAUCUAGGGCAUAAGUGUAGGGAGUGUCGGAAACCGUUUUCGAAAAUUGGGGAGCCUAUAACUGAACGUCGCGGCAGUCGUAUCGCCUGCCGCUACCAUGCUGCUUGUUUUAGCGGCUAUGCUGACCCAAGAUCGCAAGCACGAUCAUCGACUCAUGAUUAUGCAGCGAGAUCUACUCUAAGUCUAACUUCUUCAAAGACAGAGAAAGGAGAAGAUCAAGAAAUAAAAGCUAGAAGGAGAAAAUAUAACUUCAAGUUCUUGCUCGUCUUUUAUUUCGCCCAGCACCUCUAGACUUUUUCUAAUCCAUAGGCAACCUCGUUGGCACACAGUUUGAGGCUGCGCCUGGCACGCCUUUUUCAAAAAUGCGAACCGAUACACAUUUUUCCACUGGUGGGUCGAUGACCGGGAAAUCAGUGGGAGCCCAGAUGGCAAUGGGCCGAUUGUCUUUUUCGCGGUCGAGUAGAGGCGUUGUAGCGUUAAGGGCUUCUGAAUUGCACUCCUCACUACCGUCCCUGACUGGUUUCCUAGUAGAAAAGAGGCCAGGGAUGUUCUGCUUCUGAAGAAUGUAAUUCCGUAACCUCUAAUAGCGGGAUCUCCAGGCACGACCACAGCAAAACAAGUUCCUUCGGAGACAGAUCCAAACGCAUUGUCGGCAUCUAAACUGGCGGCACUUCCCGUGGUUGCUCAGGGAGUACCGACACCAAGUCAUGAAGGACCUUCAUUGGAGAGGAAAGUUGUGGAAGAGCCUGAGGAGCAUGAUGCUGGGGAAAAAGGGUAGAACUGGAAUUUGAAAUAUAACAUGAGGGGAAACGCCGGAAAAUUUCGUUCACUACAGAGUGAACAUCAUCGAGGUUGUGCAUGAUCGAUGGAGAAGGACUAGAUCAGUCAAUCAUCUACAUCUGGGUUACAACCUUAAAUAAUAAAUACUUCUAAGAAGUUACUACCCCAUUGUUCCGGAAAAACUUGGUAUGAUAUCAAAGCAUAGUCACAGACGAGGAAAGCAAUCUGGAGGAGUGCAAACUACAGCUUCUUACCAGAGAGAACUGGAAAUUUGAAAAAAAGAAUAGACCACAGUUCGAGUUCUA